AUGGGUGAUUUAAUCUUUGGUUAUGAUCUUGGGAUCACGAGAGGAGUGACUUCCAUGGAACCUUUCCUAAUAAAAUUCUUUCCUAGUGUUUAUAAACAAAUGCAAGAUGAAUCUAACCACGAAAGCCAAUAUUGCAAAUUUGACAAUGAGCUCCUUACUUUGUUCACCUCUUCAUUAUAUCUUGCUGCAUUAGUAGCUUCUUUCUGUGCUUCCACCACCACAAGAAUGAUGGGACGCAAGACCUCAAUGUUUGUAGGUGGUUUGUUUUUCCUUGUUGGUGCUUUGUUGAAUGGUUUUGCCAUCAAUAUUGAGAUGCUUAUCAUAGGUCGUUUAUUGCUUGGUUUUGGUGUUGGAUAUUGUAAUCAGGUGAGACUUCAUAUCAUUUUCAAUGCUUUCAAUCUCGUACCUGUGUAUUUGUCCGAAAUGGCCCCAACAACGAUAAGAGGUGCACUCAACAUUGGAUUUCAAAUGAUGAUCACAAUUGGCAUAUUAAUUGCAAACCUUAUCAACUAUGGGACUGCAAAACUAGAAUAUGGUUGGAGAAUUUCUUUAGGUAUUGGUGCAGUCCCCGCAAUAAUGCUAUGUGUAGGAUCUCUUUUCUUAGGUGACACACCAAACUCUCUGGUUGAAAGAGGUAAAAUAGAAGCAGCUAAGAAAAUGUUGCAAAGGAUUCGUGGCGUUGAUAAUGUCAAUGAGGAGUUCGAAGAGCUCGUUGAUGCGACUAAAGCAGCCAAAGAUGUGGAACACCCAUGGAAGAACAUUAUACAACCAAAAUAUAGGCCUCACUCACUUUUUGCUCUCUGA